CUGGGAUUUAUUAUAUCGUCUUUAUCUGAUUUAUUUUCUUCUCUUUCUCUGAAGCUGUCGUUGCCCUGAAUUUGUCGCACAGUUGUUUGGUGCUUUUUCUUCUUCCGCUGCUUACCUCUCGAUCUCUGGCUCUUUCCAAGCUCUGUCGUUUGCUGGGUGGUUCUGUCUGCUUCUGGUAUUGUGUAUCUUCUUUUGAUCUCCAGCCUGUAUCCUCUCUUCCUUACUAUUCACCUCUGCUCUUUCCUAUUCUUUCUUAGUAUAUCUCUAGCAACUCUAUAUCACUAUACUAUACUCUCUCGCUGCUUUCUCUUUGUUCCACAAUGUCCUCCAGGAGCCUGAGUUACGAUUUAAACAUCAUUAAAUCUUUGAACUCGGUUCAUCUACCUCAAUCCAAUUUCAACUCAAAUAAUAACUCAGCCAAUGAUUCCAAAAUUGUAAAUAAGAUUAACCACAAAUCCAAUGUUGGCUCCUCCUCCAACAACACCAAUAAAAAUACCACCAACAACAAUAUUCCCACCCAAAACAAUAUUGCUAUGAAUGUUAACGAUAUCACUCCUCCCACCACAAGCCACAAAUCGUCUCUCUCUCUAUCCUCCAACGACUCCAUCAGCUUAAUACCCGAAACUCCAAUAUUAUACAGCAUUAAAACUUCAAACUCAAAUAAAAACCUUAUUAACAAAAAUUUAAAUAACAGCAUCAACGUCAAUAUCUCCAACAAUAACAGCUUUACAAUCGUGCCUUCGUUAUUAUCUCCAUCCUUAUCAAGUCCCCAACUUACCUCAAAUUCAAAUCAUACAAAUAACAACAUCACCACCAAAAAUAAAAGUAAGAACAAAAUUAAAAAUAAAAAUACGGACUUGAAUCACCCUAAAUCAUUCAACAUUCCCACUCCCCAAUCUUCAAUAAUCAAACUAUCUAAUUCUUCAAUCUCCUUUUCAAACUCUUUCUCCAAAUCUUCACACUCAAUCUCAUCUGCAACACUGAUCAAAUCUCCCAACAUAAUCCCAAUCUCAACUUUCAAAAAGAAACCAUCGGCUUCUAAAAACUUAUUACCUUCAUUAUCCUUCUCCACUUCCUCUGCAUCUGCAUCUGCAUCUUCUUCCUCUUCUCUAUCCAAUAUAUCUUCAAAACAAGACAAACCUCCUUACUCUUACGCGAGUUUAAUUGCUUUAGCAAUACUAAAAUCUGACGACAAAAAACUAACUCUAUCCCAAAUCUAUACAUGGAUAUCAACUUCUUUCUCCUACUAUAAAAGAGACGAUGCUGGCUGGCAAAACUCAAUUCGUCACAAUUUAUCCCUAAAUAAAGCUUUUAUAAAAGCUGAAAAAUCAAAAGAUGGUAAAGGUCAUUAUUGGAAGAUUGAACCAGGAAUGGAAUCUCAAUUUUUAAAAUCAAAAAAAAUUAAAAAAAAUAUUUCCCAAAAUUCGGAUAUUAUCACUAAUAAUAACACUAACAUUAUCACUAGUGAUAUCGCUAACAAUAUUUCUAAAAAUUUGAAAAGUAAUUUAUCAAAAGAUUUACCAAAAGACUCAUCAAAGAAUAUACCAAAGAGUUUACCAAAUAAUUUACCAAAAGAUUCACCAAAAGAUUCACCAAAUAGUUUCUCUAAUAUUGCCUCUCAAAAUAGCCAAAAAUCUCAACCUUUACCAAAAUUAUCAAAGAAUAACAGUUUUUCAAAUUAUCUCAACAUCAACAUCAAUAACAAUACUAAUAACAAUAAAAACCUUAAUAAAAAUAUUGAUGACCCAACAACAGAUCCUCUAUCAUCAGAAAGUGACUUAAAUCACAACUUGGUCGAUUCAAAUAACAUCUUCAGUGUCUCAAGCAACAAACUGACAGAAGACUAUGAUUCAGAUGACACUCAAGAUGAUAAAAAUCAAACUCCUCUAAUCAAACAAUACAACCCAAUCAAUUCAAUAAAUAAUCUCAACAACAUUACAGCUACAAACACUUUCGAUAACUUCAACCAAAUUAACCACAACUGCAUCCUCAAUAGUAUAAACAUGCAUAGCAUUAAUAACAAUAUCCUCAACACCAUUCAUAAUCCCCAUAUAUUUAACUCUCACUUAAAUAUUCCUCCCUUUAAUCCCAAUCUAGUAUCUCCAAUUAAAAGAUCAAACUCUGCUAUUGGUCUAGAAAGAUUCUCAAUUAGAAAAAAACGAAGAACAAUUCAACUUGAAAACGUCUUACUUUCAGAUAAUGAUGAUGAUGAUAACAAUACCAAUCAACCACAAAGCGUUUAUGAUAAUGAUACCGAUAACGAUAACGAUAAUGAUCAAAACGUUUAUAGUUAUGAUAACGACAUCUAUAUUAAUCAUUACGAUAAUUAUAAUGAUAAUUAUAAUGACAAUGAAAAUAAAAGUGAUAUUGAUAAUGAAAAUACCGAUAUAGCAAAGAAAAACACAAAAAAUAACAAUAAAAAUAAUAAAAAUAAUAAAAAUAAUAAAAAUAAUAAAAAUAAAAGAACAAAAGAUAAAGAUAAAGAUAAAGAUAACUUGGACUUUGUUUUAAAUCAUACUAAAACUAAAAAUAUUAAUAAAUUCAACAAUAUUUAUAAUAAUGAUUUCAAUGAUUAUAAUGAUACUGAAUCGGAAAAUUUUAACAUGAAAAACCAUACUACUUUUUCUAAUAACAAUCCCUUUGUUAAUUCUCCCGUUUUGCUUGAUAAACCUUUUUCUUUAAUGAAAUCAUUACCUUUUCCCUCCUCCUUUAAUUGUAAUCCAAACUUCGAUUUAUCUCCAAUUAAAAAAAAUUCAGCUGGCCCAAUUUUAUUUGAACCAAAGACUCCAGCUUCAAAAUUGAUUCCACAUACUACUUCAAAUCUAAACAUUAUGAGCAACCCAAGGUUAAAUAAUAGUUUAUUUAGUGCCUCAAAGGAUGAAUUUUUUAAUAUUGCAAAAACUCCUCUCAACAAAACCCCAAGCAGAAUUAAAACUCCAAGUUCUGCCUCUAUUAUGAGAAGAGCUUGGAAUUCUCCCUCUUGUUUUGAUGACUUUUAUGCUUCACCAAGUCUUUCAAGAAAUUAUAGUGAUGACGAUCAAUUUUUUUCAAAUUAUCAUGGCUCUCCAGCUAGAAGUGGCAAAAAAAGCAGAAAAUCCAAAUAUUAUCAAGAAACAUUCAAUAGUGGUUACAAAGAUUUUUUUGGAGUCGAUAUUUGCUCUGUCGUCAAAAGAGCAGUCGAAAGCGUUGUCGAUAGUAAGAAAUCAGCAACUACUACAUCUAGCACUGCUCAAUCUUCAUUUACAAUGUCAUCAUCAAAAAAUAAUAAUGGAUCGCAUUCUGCGCCAGAAACACCGAUAAAAAGAAAAUCAAUUACAUGAAAUUGGAAAAAAAUAUAACAACAAAAAAAAAUACAGUAAAUCAAAUAAAUAUUCAAUAAUUUUGUGAUAUUUUUUAUACUUUUUUAUCGUUUUCUUUUGGUUUUUAUUUUUUGGUUUUUUUCAAACAUUUUUUUUUACGUCUUUAUUGUUUAAUUGUUUUAUACUUUUUUUUUUACAUUUCUUUUAUUUUAUUUCAUAUUUAUUU